AUGGCGGCGGGAACCAGCAAUUACUGGGAAGAUCUCAGGAAACAGGCUCGACAGCUGGAAAAUGAACUUGACCUGAAACUAGUUUCCUUCAGUAAACUGUGCACAAGUUACAGUCACAGCAGCGCCCGAGAUGGAAGACGCGACAGGUAUAGCUCUGACACAACACCUCUUUUAAAUGGAUCAAGCCAAGACAGAAUGUUUGAAACAAUGGCAAUUGAGAUUGAACAGCUUUUGGCAAGGCUUACGGGAGUGAAUGAUAAAAUGGCAGAAUAUACCAACAGUGCAGGUGUCCCCUCCUUGAAUGCAGCACUGAUGCACACAUUACAGCGACAUAGAGACAUACUGCAGGAUUAUACACAUGAAUUCCAUAAAACCAAAGCAAACUUUAUGGCAAUACGGGAAAGGGAGAAUCUCAUGGGAUCAGUACGAAAGGAUAUUGAGUCAUAUAAAAGUGGGUCUGGAGUAAACAACAGAAGAACUGAACUAUUUUUGAAAGAACAUGAGCACCUUCGAAACUCAGAUCGUCUGAUAGAAGAGACAAUAAGCAUUGCUAUGGCAACAAAAGAAAAUAUGACUUCACAGAGAGGAAUGUUGAAGUCAAUUCAGAGCAAAAUGAACACUUUGGCCAAUCGUUUUCCUGCUGUGAACAGCCUGAUCCAGCGAAUCAACCUUAGGAAGCGGCGAGACUCGCUCAUCCUGGGCGGUGUGAUCGGCGUCUGUACCAUCCUGUUGCUGCUCUAUGCUUUCCAUUGA